AUGAAGGAGGCUGUUUCUGGUUGGCCUGGCUUCCUGGGCCUGUUCCAGGACUCGCUAGAGCUGGGAAAUGCAAGUGGCAACGCUUCACUAAUGAUGAGGGACCUGCCACGGGGCCUUGAGUUGGAGAAACCAGAGGGUAUGGCAGGGCAGUUCCCGGGUUCAGGCAUCCGCGGGAGCACUGGCACUGACGGCCCAGCUGGAGCGGUGGUGCGGAUUGUCCUCAGUGUGGUGUAUUCAGUGGUGUGUGCGUUGGGGCUGGUGGGCAACCUUCUAGUUUUGUAUCUGAUGAAAAGCAAGCAGGGCUGGCGUAAAUCCUCCAUAAACCUCUUUGUCACCAGUCUGGCCCUGACCGACUUCCAGUUCGUGCUCACCCUACCCUUUUGGGCAGUAGAGAACGCUCUUGACUUCACCUGGCCCUUUGGCAAGGCCAUGUGCAAGAUAGUCUCUACUGUGACAGGUAUAAACAUGUACGCCAGUGUCUUCUUCCUUACUGCCAUGAGUGUCGCGCGCUACCAUUCUGUGGCCUCUGCUCUCAAGAGCCGCCGACCCCGAGGACGGGGUCGGGGAGGUGGCUGGAGACGAGUCCUUGGGUUGGGCAGAGCAGAUGACUGUUGCUUUUCAGCCAAGGUUCUCUGCGUGUUGAUCUGGGUCUUGGCUGUGCUGGCCUCUUUGCCCCAUGCCAUCUUCUCCACCACUGCCACGGUGAUGGACGAGGAACUCUGCCUGGUACGUUUCCCGGACAAGCCACGGGUUGGGGAUGCUCAGAUCUGGCUGGGGUUGUACCACACACAGAAGGUGCUACUAGGCUUCGUGCUGCCGCUAGGGGUGAUCAGUCUCUGCUACCUGCUACUGGUGCGUUUCAUCUCUGAACGUCCUGUUUACAGAGGCGGAGGCGCCGGCGUUGCGCCAGGUACUGCCAGUGCUUCUGGAGAAGGACUCAACAGUGCGGCUGGAGCCAGUGCCAGGAGGCGUUCUAAAGUCACUAAGUCGGUAACUAUCGUCGUACUAUCGUUCUUCUUGUGUUGGCUGCCUAACCAGGCUCUGACUACCUGGGGUAUCCUAAUCAAGCUGAAUGUGGUGCAUUUCAGCCAGGAGUACUUCCUAAGCCAGGUGUAUGUGUUCCCAGUGAGCGUGUGCCUAGCCCACUGUAACAGUUGCCUCAACCCCAUCCUCUAUUGUCUCAUGCGCCGAGAGUUUCGCAAGGCGCUUAAAAGCCUGCUUUGGCGCAUCGCAUCUCCCUCGCUAACUAGCAUGCGCCCCUUCACUGCCACUACUAAACCUGAACCCGAGGAACAAGCCCUGCAGACCCUGGCGCCCCUGCAUGCCUCAGUGGAGCCGGACCUCCUCUACUGCCCACCCGGAGUCGUCGUCUACAACGGAGGUCGCUAUGAUUUGCUACCCACUAGCUCAGAGGAACAACGCUACUAA